GUUCCCCUGAUGGGGAAGACCUACGAGGAGGUGCAGUGCAUUAUGGGUCAGCCAUGUGCCGAGGCAGAGCUCUGUGUCAGACUGUGAGUCAAACAGCGCCCCCUCUCCUCUCAUCCCUCUCUCUCCUUCCAUCCCUUUCUCUUGACACCCAUCUCCUCUCAUAUUUCUCAUAUCUCUCUCCUUCCAUCCCUCUCUCCUGACACCCAUCUCCUCUCAUAUUUCUCAUAACUCUCUCCUCUCAUCCCCACUUAAUUUAGAUGAGAACUAAAUUUGACCUUCCUGUCUCUCAGUGAUCUGAACAUGCUGUCUGACCCUGAUCACCCCCAGGCCCUAGAGAACCACGCCCAGCUGAAGCCUGGUACGUCACUCUAGUGUGGUUGUGGGUAUACUACAUAGGAAUCAUGGUCACUGAGUUGUAAUGACACAUGAAUGUGUGUUUGUGCAGGUGACAGGCAGCGUUCUCCAGGAGUGGACCCUAAGCAGCUGGCUGCAGAGCUGCAGAAGGUGUCCCAACAACAGGGCCCUGGGAUGGGGGUGGGGGUGGGGGGGCCAGGAGGGGUAGGGGUCCUUUCUGCCCUGGACCGCUCAGAUCUGUUACACUCAGGCAAUGCAUCGGCCAGCUCUAGUGCCGUCCCCAGCCCUGGCCAGCCUGCCUCCCCAGCCAUCAACAAGAAACAACGCCACAGCGCCAAGGUACUGCCUCCACUUGUAGUACAUUAGGAUAUUAAGAGCCCAUAGCUCUCUGUAGAGUGUGUUACUACAGCCAUGUGGUUGGUGAGUUCAUCAUGAAUAAGUCAUAGACGUGUGUGUGUGGUGCAUGGUGCGUGCAUGUGUGGAGGUCUAGAUCCACUGAUUUACAGAAACAUGACACUAAUUAUAUAGAAACAUGCAUGAUAUGUGUGUAGAGCGAGAGAGAGAUCAUGCAUGCAUGCGUGGUUGUGUGUCUUUGUGUGUGUGCAUUUGUAAAUACACAUUGUAUUAACUACUUUCUAUGAUAGGUAGAUUAUGUAAUUUACUGCAUCUCAACUAACUGAAUUAACCUUCUCUGACUGUACACCAUGACCUUUCCAGUCUGUUAAACCUCUCCUAGUGAGUUUCCUCCUGGGUCCUAUAGAGUCCAUUCAGAAAAGUCUACUCAGCAUUUCCAUGACAAGGACAGGUCCUUCAUCUGUCAUCUGACCAUAGCUAUCCUACUCAGGGGCUCUGGCCAACCUACUGCUACUUAAAACCGUAGUAUCAUGGACAUAGUAACUGAACUUUUCAGGCUGGCCAGAGGCCACACUACAUUUACAUUUUACAUUUUAGUCAUUUAGCAGACACUCUUAUCCAGAGCGACUUACAGUUAAUGAGUGCAUACAUUUUCACUACAGAGCAGGGACUCUCACAGCAGUGUGUGUGUGCGAGUUUGUGUGUUAAUGUAAAGUGUGUGUACGUGUCAGUGAGACUGAUAUCGGUAUAAACAGUGUAUAAUCUAUACUUGUGUUUGUUUUUCAGUCAACAGCAGACGUGCAACUGCUGAAGCCUCAGCCUCAUCCUAUAAAAGGGGAAAUACAGGUAGGCCUGUUGUCAGUCUGUGAAGUGGAGUGUGACUUUAAUUUCUCCUGAAUCCCCUCACUUGAUUGAUCCACUUAAGUCAAGAGCUAUAUGAUUAGUCAGCACCAGGAGUCCUAGUGUUGAGCAACACUAAUGUACACGCCUGUAGAACAUAGUUAAACAUACUGUCUCUCUGUCCACUCUGCCUCCUCCAGCUCCAGAUCCACUAUGACAGGAACCUGGGGAACCUGAUAGUGCAUGUCCUCCAGGCCAGGAACCUUGCUCAGAGAGACCCCAAAGAAUACUCUGACCCCUUUGUCAAGGUCUACCUCCUACCAGGGAGAGGGUAAGACACUGCUUUCAUCUGAUCUGUCUGUCUGGAUGCCAUUCUCUCUUUUUCUUUCUCUCUCUCUCUCCUUUGCAUUAUCACUCUUCUCACCUCUCUGUCUCUCUGUUUGUACUCUAAGGAGUAUUGCCCAUUAUAUGAUGGGCCUUUAUUAAGCUGUGUUAGAUUUGCUGUGUGCUCUUUGUGAAAGAUUAAUUGUAAGUACAGUAGAAGGCAAGGAGCCCAUAGAACUGACAAGAUAGUGACACAUCCAACUGUGGGCUACUCUCAUUUCUUAUCUCCAUGACUUCUAACUGGCGUCAGUUGGCAUAUUGACAGAUACUACAACUUGAUAUGAAACUCUGUUUUGUAGGUACAUCAAAGCAUUCUAUAUUUACCGGUACUAUAAUAUUUUCUAGAGCACUGAUAUUGUAUGUGUGUGUGUGUGUGUGUGUGUGUGUGUGUGUGUGCGUGUGUGUGUGUGUGUGUGUGUGUGUGGUUUCUAUAUUGACUGCAGUGCUCUCUUCCUGAGUGCUAUGAUGUGAUUGUGUAGUAAGGUUCAGCCCUCCUAGGAGAUGAUCAGUUUAGUAACAUCUCUUCUUUCAGCCCCGUAUCCCUCUCUCCUUCCAUCCCUUCAUCCUUGUCUCCAUCCCUCUCUUCCUGUGAAAAGGCAGAAAUCGAUAGUCUUUAUUUGACCUGUAACAUUAUCUGCUUUCUACUAGUGGCCCUAUCAGCCCUGUUCAUGGAAUUAUAUACAGUACAGGUCCUAUACCCCCCCCCCCCCCCCCCCAACACACACACACACACACUCACUCCUCCCACACAUUCCUCUAGCUCAGUAUAAAUUGAUUGUUUGAUCUGUGUUUAAACAGUAGACAGUAGUAAAUAAAGCGUGUCUUUAUGUUUUUAUGUUGUCUUUCUUUAUCUCCUUCCCUUUAUGUCUGUUUCUCUGACGGUUUCUUUCUUUUUGCUGUUCUUGUUGUUUGUUGUCUCUACCCUCCUCUCCCUCCCCUGGACUCUCAGACAAGUCAUGGUAGUCCAGAACGCAAGGUAGUGUAGUGCUUCUCGAGCUCCUCUCCUUCUCUCCUUCUCUGCUCCUCUUCUUCUCUCCUUCGCUGCUCCUCUUCUUCUCUUCUUCUCUCCUUCUCUGCUCCUCUUCUCUCUUCUCUGCUCCUCUCCUUCUCUGCUUCUCUUCUUCUCUCCUUCCAUGCUCCUCUCCUUCUCUCUCCUCUUCUCCUUCUCUCUCUUCUCUCUCCUUCCUUCCUGCUCUUUCUUCUCUCUCCUUCUCUGUCUCUCUCUCUCUUCUCUCCUCUCUGCUCCUCUCUUCUCUCUCCUUCUUCUUCCUCCUCUCUCUCUCUUCUUCUUCCUUCUCUCUUCUUUCUCUCUCUCUCUCUUCCCCUCCUUCUCUUCUUCUCCUCCUUCUCUGUCCUCUUCUCUUCCUUCUCUGCUCCCCUCCUUCUCUCUGCUUCUCUUCUUCUCUCCUUCCAUGCUCCUCUCCUUCUCUCCUUCUCUGCUCCUCUCCUUCUCUUCCUCUCCUUCUCUUCUUCUCUUCUUCUCUGCUCCUCUCCUUCUUUUAUUCUCUCCUUCUCUGCUCCUCUUCUUCUCUUCUUCUCUCCUUCUCUUCUCUCCUUCUCUUCUUCUCUCCUUCUCUGCUCCUCUUCUUCUCUUCUUCUCUCCUUCCCUUCUUCUCUCCUUCUCUGCUCCUCUACCUUCUCUCCUUCUCUGCUUUCAGUCAGUGUUUUUCCCCACGUAAAUGUUCCUCCUCCAAAGUGCUUUUCCUCGUUGUCUCCCCCAUCAUUAUUCAUCAUUAUCCAUUUUGUGUUGAUAUGUUGAUAAAAACACUCUCCUGCUCUUCCUCUCUCUCUAUCUAAUCUUUCUCCACUUUAUUUUUCUUUCUCUUAUUUGUAUCUCUGUCAUCCUAAACAACUCAUUUUUGUCUGAUGUGCAAAUUCAGCCAAGAACAUUGCUGAGUUGAAAUCAAGGUUGAAAUGUGAAAUCAUUUCAUGAGUCAGAUGUGUUUUUCACACUAUGCUCAUCCUCUCUGCUACAGGAGAGGAGCUGUGCCUUACAGUCACAUAUUGAUUCAACCUUACAGACAUCACUAUUUCUUUGACUUUCUUUGACUAUUUCUGUGAUGUUGUGAUCCCGUCUAGCCAGUGUGCCUAUGCAAUUUACUCUCAUCCAACAUUUGCAAGACAUGAUGAUAUAAUUAUAUUGAAUCAGAUAUUCAAUUAUCGACAUCCUGCUAUAUCAUCUCUAUAUCUAUCAUCAAAUGUAAUUGGAGAAAAUCUACAAUAAUGUGGCCAUAUUAACAUACAAAGACCAAGUCUGAGACUAAACGUGUCCCUUUGUUAUGACAUCACAGUGCUGAGAACAAGAGGAGGACCAAGUACGUCCAGAGGAGUCUGAACCCAGAGUGGAACCAGACCGUCAUCUACAAGAACAUACACCUGGAACAGGUAGGAACACACAUACAUGCACACACACACACAAAUGCAGCUACUGAAGCAUGCAUCACACACACACACAAAUCCACAUUGAAAAUGAUUUUGAAUUAAUUUUAAUGUUAAUCUUAUUUCCUGUUGGAUUGGUAGUUCUGAAUCCUUAGGGAUGUUCUGACUAUACCUCUGUAGCCUCGGUUCCCAUUACCAAUCCACUGAAGCCCAUAGCACCACUCAUCUGGUUAGGUUUAACAAUCCCCUUACAGACUACUAAUCACCAGAGAGAGAAAGAGAGAGACAGAGACAUCUUCAUUCAACCUAACAGUAGCCUUUGCUUAGCUGCAAUUCAGACAAUGUAAGAUGAGUGCAAUCUAUCCAUACAGUGCUAUCUCUCAGUGGACAGUAGUGGUUCUAGUCUAGUGGCUCUUCUGAGACUCUCUGCUGUUAGCUACUUCUCUCUAUUCUGCCCACUGAGGUUGUAAAUGCUGCUCUAUCACCCACUCACUCCCCCACUCCCCUGCCAAGCACACACACAUACGCACACACACACACACACACACACACACAAACACACAAAUACAUACACACCGACACAUAAUUACCCAGUCCACUGACUGGCUGGUUGAGUGAAAUACAGUAAGUCUGCAUGGGUGUUGUACUUGGCAUAACUUGUUUAAAUGCAUUUGUUCAUUUAAUCACUUUUCACUUCUCCUCGCUCGCUCUCUCUCUCUCUCUCUCUCUCUCUCUCUCUCUCUCUCUCUCUCUCUCUCUCUCUCUCUCUCUCUUUCUCUGUCUCUCAGCUAAAGAAAAAGACUCUGGAGGUGACAGUGUGGGAUUAUGACAGAUCUUCCUCCAAUGACUUCCUGGGAGAAGUGAGUGUCUUUAGAAUCAGACACACUCUGAUUUAGACAUCACCUACAUUCACUUCGAUCAUUCCUUUAACCUAAUGUCUCCUGAUGCCAUGUUUUUAAAUGUUUUCUAGCCAAAAGCGGGUCAUAUUUCCAGCCUUAUUGCUCCCUCUCUAUAAGACUUUAUUCAAAGCUAGUUUCAUUAUUUGUCAGUCUAUAGAAUGAAUCCCACUGAUCCUCUACUAAAUGGAGAAGGAUCCUAAUUGUUUAUAAUUGUCACGAUCGUCGACUGAAGACACGGACCAAGGCGCAGCGUGAUAAGCGUACAUACUUUAUUUGUACUCAACACACGAUCAAAAACAACAAACGAUACGUGAAGUCCUAGGUUAACACCAAAACAAACCUUACGGAACAAGAUCCCACAAAGACUAGUGCAAAACAUGCUGCCUAAAUAUGGUCCCCAAUCAGAGACAACGAGCUACAGCUGCCUCUGAUUGGGAACCACCCUGGCCAACAUAGAUCUAAACGAUCUAGAACAAAACAUAGAAAACUAUAACAUAGAAAAUCCACACCCUGGCUCAACAUUUAAUAGUCCCCAGAGCCAGGGCGUGACAGUACCCCCCCCCCCCCCCCCCCCCCAAAGGCGCGGACUGCGACCGCGCCACACAAACACAAGAGGAUAGGGGCCGGGUGGGCAUUCCGGCUCCGGGCGUGACCACCACUCUCUCUCCACCCCCCCGUUGCGCCCCUGGUCUGGUCCCGCUGGCCGGAGCUGGACUGGACACCGGUGGAGCGGAUUGCUCUGGCUCCGGAGUGGAGCAGCUGACCGGUGCCGGACCAGGCACCGGUGGAACAGGUACGGGCCGUGCCGGACUGGACACACGCACCACUGGCUUGGUGCGGGGAGCAGGAACGGGCCGGACCGGGCUGACGACGCGCACCACUGGCUUGGUGCGGGGAGCAGGAACGGGCCGGACCGGGCUGACGACGCGCACCACUGGCUUGGUGCGGGGAGCAGGAACGGGCCGGACCGGGCUGGCGACGCGCACCACAGGCUUGGUGCGAGGGACAGUGGUGCGCUUCGCCAGCCCGGUCCGGGCAUUUACCUUUGCCCAUGGCCCUCUGCCCGCGAAUAUCUCCUCCCAAGACCACCAUUUGCCCACCUGCGACAUCGCCAUCUUCUCCUCCUGGGCACGCUGCUUGGUCCUCUUAUGGUGGGAUCUUCUGUCACGAUCGUCGACUGAAGACACGGACCAAGGCGCAGCGUGAUAAGCGUACAUACUUUAUUUGUACUCAACACACGAUCAAAAACAACAAACGAUACGUGAAGUCCUAGGUUAACACCAAAAACAAACCUUACGGAACAAGAUCCCACAAAGACUAGUGAAAAACAGGCUGCCUAAAUAUGGUCCCCAAUCAGAGACAACGAGCUACAGCUGCCUCUGAUUGGGAACCACCCUGGCCAACAUAGAUCUAAACGAUCUAGAACAAAACAUAGAAAACUAUAACAUAGAAAAUCCACACCCUGGCUCAACAUUUAAUAGUCCCCAGAGCCAGGGCAUGACAAUAAUGUAGAAUGGUGGUGUGUUCACAGCAAACCUCGAAAUACACUGAGUAUACACUGAGUAUACCAAACAUUAGGUACACCUUCCUAAUAUUUUGCCCUCAGAACAGACUCAAAUCGUCAGGGCAUGGACUCUACAAGUUGUCGAAAGCAUUCCACAGGGAUGCUGGCCCAUGUUGACUCCAAUGCUUCCCACAGUUGUGUCAAUUUGGCUGGAUGUUCUUUUGUUGGUGGACCAUUCUUGAUACACACAGGAAACUGUUGAGCGUGAAAAAUCCAGCAGUGUUGCAGCCUGGCACCUACUAUCAUACCUCGUUCAAAGCACUUAAAUAUUCUGUCUGGCCCAUUCACUCUCUGAAUGGCACACAUACACAAUUCAUGUCUCAAUUGUCUCAAGGCUUAAAGAUCCUUCUUUAACCUGUCUCCUCCCAUUCAUUUACACUGAUUGACGUGGAUUUAACAAGUGACAUCAAUAAGGGAGCAUAGCUUUCACCUGGAUUCGCCUGGUCAGUCUAUGUCAGGGAAAGAGCAUGUGUUCUUAAUGUUUUGUAUAUUUACUGUUUCCCUACAAGUCUUUGCUUACACAAGCACACCUGUCUACUCUCUCUGUAUCUGUAUCUGUCUCUGUCUCUGUCUCUGUCUCUCUCUCUCUCUCUCUCUCUCUCUCUCUCUCUCUCUCUCUCUCUCUCUCUCUCUCUCUAUCUCUCUCUCUCUCUCUCUCUCUCUCGUUGGAGUGCAUGCUGGGAGUGAGUCGUGAAGCAGUAGUGAUUGUGAGAGCGACUGAAAUUAUUUUCACUCUAUUGGGUUUUGGUGUGUGUAUAUAUAAAGGGAACACUUAAACAACACAAUGUAACUCCAAGUCAAUCACACUUCUGUGAAAUCAAACUGUCCACUUAGGAAGCAACACUGAUUGACAAUACAUUUCACAUGCUGUUGUGCAAAUGGAAUAGACAACAGGUGGAAAUUAUAGGCAAUUAGCAAGACACCCCAAAUAAAGGACUGGUUUUGCAGGUGGUGACCACAGACCACUUCUCAGUUCCUAUGCUUCCUAGCUGAUGUUUUGGUCACUUUUGAAUGCUGGCGGUGCUUUCACUCUAGUGGUAGCAUGAGCCGGAGUCUACAACCCACACAAGUUGCUCAGGUAGUGCAGCUCAUCCAGGAUGGCACAUGAAUGCGAGCUGUGGCAAGAAGGUUUGCUGUGUCUGUCAGCGUAGUGUCCAGAGCAUGGAGGCACUACCAGGAGACAGGCCAGUACAUCAGGAGACAUGGAGGAGGCCGUAGGAGGGCAACAACCCAGCAGCAGGAUUGCUACCUCCGCCUUUGUGCAAGGAGGAGCAGGAGGAGCACUGCCAGAGCCCUGCAAAAUGACCUCCAGCAGGCCACAAAUGUGCAUGUGUCUGCUCAAACGGUCAGAAACAGACUCCAUGAGGGUGGUAUGAGGGCCCGACCUCCACAGGUGGGGGUUGUGCUUACAGCCCAACACCGUGCAGAACGUUUGGCAUUUGCCAGAGAACACCAAGAUUGGCAAAUUCGCCACUGGCGCCCUGUGCUCUUCACAGAUGAAAGCAGGUUCACACUGGGUACGUGACAGAAGUGACAGAGUCUGGAGACGCCGUGGAGAACGUUCUGCUGCCUGCAACAUCCUCCAGCAUGACCGGUUUGGCGGUGGGUCAGUCAUGGUGUGGGGUGGCAUUUCUUUGGGGGGCCGCACAGCCCUCCAUGUGCUCGCCAGAGGUAGCCUGACUGCCAUUAGGUACCGAGAUGAGAUCCUCAGAACCCUUGUGAGACCAUAUGCUGGUGCGGUUGGCCCUGGGUUCCUCCUAAUGCAAGACAAUGCUAGACCUCAUGUGGCUGGAGUGUGUCAGCAGUUCCUGCAAGAAGAAGGCAUUGAUGCUAUGGACUGGCCCGCCCGUUCCCCAGACCUGAAUCCAAUUGAGCACAUCUGGGACAUCAUGUCUCGCUCCAUCCACCAACGUCACGUUGCACCACAGACUGUCCAGGAGUUGGCGGAUGCUUUAGUCCAGGUCUGGGAGGAGAUCCCUCAGGAGACUAUCCGCCACCUCAUCAGGAGCAUGCCCAGGUGUUGUAGGGAGGUCAUACAGGCACAUGGAGGCCACACACACUACUGAGCCUCAUUUUGACUUGUUUUAAGGACAUUACAUCAAAGUUGGAUCAGCCUGUAGUGUGGUUUUCCACUUUAAUUUUGAGGGUGACUCCAAAUCCAGACCUCCAUGGGUUGAUAAAUUUGAUUUCCAUUGAUCAUUUUUGUGUGAUUUUGUUGUCAGCACAUUCAGCUAUGUAAAGACAAAAUUAUUUAAUAAGAUUAUUUAAUUCAUUCAGAUCUAGGAUGUGUUAUUUUAGUGUUCCCUUUAUUUUUUUGAGCAGUGUAUAUUGAUUAGCUUAGUUGUUUUAAGGUUAUCUUGUCUAACUAUCACUAAGCACGUAUAGGGGUGGUGGGAUCGUUGAGGUUGUUUUUUGCGAGGGCACAACCAGCGGGUGGGGCUGGUUGCAAUGGCCACUCGCGGAAGUUUGGAGUUUGAAAAACUUAGUUGGCAGCAUGGAGUAAAGAUUCUUGCUGCUGCCGGGUGUUCAGUGGAAGAAUGUAGCUUGGCAGUGGGUGCUAUCAUUGGGUAUGAUAGCAUCAAAUCAGCCUCAAGGAUGAAUAGCGCUGUAGUGAUAUUUUUAGAUUCCAUUGAAAAGGUGAAUAAGAUAGUUGAGAGUGGUGUUGUGUUGUGGGAGACACAGACACCGGUAUUUCCGCUUAUGAAUCCGGCGAAGAAAGUUAUACUUUCUAACGUGCCACCAUUUGUUAGAGAUGAAGUGUUGGAGCGAGAGUUAUCUCGUCAUGGUCAAAUUGUAUCUACAAUAAAGAAGGUUCUUUUUGGAUGCAAAUCUCCGUUGCUGAAACAUGUCAUGUCUCAUAGGAGACAAGUGCAUAUGAUUUUUAAAAAGGACAUUGAUGAACUGAAUUUAGCAUUCAGUUUUAAGAUUUAUGGAUUUGAUUAUGUCUUCUACGCUUCUACUGAAUCAAUUAAAUGCUUUACGUAAUUGUCCCAAGAACGAGCGUGCAGAGUCUGGUAGCAGCUCUAGUGCUGGUGCAGCUAAUGCACCACCGCGAAGGGAUGAACAUGCUAAGGGUGCAGGGGAAGGGAGAAUGUGGGCAGAUGUGGUUGGAAAAGUAGGAGAGGAAGGCAGUGUGGAUACGGGGGCAAUUGUGGUAGAUCAGAACAAAGAAGGAGGGGAAAAAGUCGGUGAGAUUGCGACUGCCGUCGCUGAGGUGGUGCUGGAAAAUGAAAUUGGAGGUCAAGAGGAGAUUGAAAUAAUGGAAAAGGAAGCAGCUGUUUUCAAAGUACCGAGGAGUAAGAGAAAGAAUGUAAGGGGUGGUGAAGGGUCUAAUUCCAGGAGGAAGGUAGAGAUUGAUAAAUCAGUUGAAGAUAAACAGGUUGUAGAGAUGGAGUUUUCUUCUGGGGAGGAUAGCGAGAGUGAGUCAUCUGAUGCGUCACAACAAAAUAGUGAGCUAAAUGGGGUGGACGGGAGGUAUGGGAUUGAGAAGGUACGUCAAUUUCUGAAGUUGACAAAAGGGAAGAAAUAUAUGCAGGAUUAUAAUGUAACAUAUUUGUUUCCCUGAAAGUGAAAUCUUUAUUGAAUCAGCAAAGUUUCUGAUGUCAAAAAUAGCAGGGGGAGGUUUGACAAGCCCUGAAAUUGCUAGACUCAAGAAAGUGGUCACGAGAGUGAUAAGUGAUGGAAAUUCUAAAGAAAAUGAAAGAGUUCAGUCGCAGCCUUAACUCUGUAAAGAGAUGUGGUUUCUGUGUCUUCCUCUGUAUUUUUUUCCAUCCAUGAGCAGUUUUAAGAUUUCUUCUUUAAACGUAAAUGGGGCAAUAUACGUUAAAAAAAGAGCCAUAGUGUAUGAGUUAAUUAGGUGAAAAGGAAGUGACAUAAAUGUUCUACAAGAAACGCAUAAUAAUUUGGAAAAUGAAGUUAUGUGGCAACAGGUGUGGGGGGGGGGGGGGGGGGGGGGGGGGGGGGGGGGGGGGGACAGAGGUGUGUAGUCAUAGAAACUCAAAAAGUGGGGGUGUGGCCAUCUUGUUCUCAAAAGGGUUUUUGCCUUUGUCAUAUGAGGUUGAGGAGGUAGUUGAGGGGAGGUUAUUAAAAGUUAGAGCAAGGUAUGAAAACAUCAGUAUGUGUCUGAUUAAAGUAUAUGCCCCAGUGGUGGCAGUUGAGAGGGUAUGUUUUUUAGAGACAUUAUCAAAUACCAUUGAGAAAUGUAAUAAUGAAGAUUAUUUAUUUAUUGCUGGGGAUUUUAACUGCACAGUCAGUGAUUUAGAUAGAAAUCACAAAGAACCUCAUAUAGCCUCAACAACUUUUUUAAAACGCCUCAUUGUAACACAUGAACUGUGUGAUAUUUGGCGGAGUCAACAUGGAGGCACGAGACAGUACACCUGGGCGCAUGUGAGAGAGAACACCAUCUCUAUGGCCAGGUUAGAUAGGUUUUAUUGUUUUGAGCAUCAAUCUCAGGUCUGUAAAUCAAGUGUGAUAACCCCAGUGGGAUUUUCGGAUCAUUGUUUAAUAACAAAGGUGGUGUUCAUUAACGAUGUAAAACCCAAAAGUGCAUACUGGCAUUUUAAUAUAACUUUAUUGAGUGAUGCUCACUUCAGGAAAUGUUUUAGUUUUUUCUGGGAGAGGUGGAGGUCUCAAAAGGCCAGUUUUGUAUCCCUUCAACAGUGGUAGGAUAUAGGGAAAAUCCAGAUUCAACAAUUCUGUAAUAAUAAUAAUAAUAUGCCAUUUAGCAGACGCUUUUAUCCAAAGCGACUUACAGUCAUGCGUGCAUACAUUUUUGUGUAUGGGUGGUCCCGGGGAUCGAACCCACUACCUUGGCGUUGCAAGCGCCUUGCUCUACCAGCUGAGCUACAGAGAAGCACGUGGUAUGUCACCAAGGAUACCACCAGAUCAAUGAAAGCCCUAGAGACUGAAAUAGUGGAACUCAUGACGUUGGUUGAGACCACAGGAGAUCGAGGCCAUACUCAGGCCCUCAAGAGGAAAAAAGCUGCAUUGGCAGACCUGCUGGGUAUCAGAGCACAGGGAGCAUUGGUGAGAAGUAAGUUUCAGGGAAUCUCUGAAAUGGUGGUUUAAUUUUUCUUUGGUUUAGAGAAAAAGAAUGGACAAAGAAUAAUUAUUCAUUGUCUCAAAUCAGCUGUUGGACAGGAGCUCACUAGCCCUAGUGAAAUUAGAAAGAGGGCAGUAGAGUUCUAUGCUGAGCUCUACAAGUGUGAGUACAAAGAGGAUAAAACAGUGACACAGCAGUUCCUUGAUGGGCUCCCACAGGUGGCUGCAGAAGCUCAGGUUGAGCUAGAGCAACAAAAUGGAAGGGCACCAGGUAUUGAUGGGCUUCCCGUUGACUUUUUAAAGUCUUUUUGGGCUAUAUUGGGAGAGGAUUGGCUAGCAGUAGUUAGUGAUAGUUUAACCGGAGGGUUACUACCAAUAAGCUGCAGAAGGACUGUCCUCACCCUACUGCCCAAAAAGGGUGACCCUAGGGAGGUGAAGAACUGGAGGCCGGUGGCUUUAUUGUGCACUGAUUAUAAGAUCCUGUCAAAGGCUUUGUCAAACAGGCUGAGGGAGGUGAUGGGGCAAAUCAUACAUCCGGACCAGUCCUACUGUGUUCCUGGCAGGCAGAUAGGGGAUAACAUUUCUCUGAUUCGUGAUUUUUUUGGACGUCUCUAGGGCUAUUGGGUUGGAUGCUGGUCUAAUUUCAAUUGAUCAGGAAAAGGCAUUUGACAGAGUUGAACAUCAGUACUUAUGGCACACUUUUGAGGCGUUUGGGUUCAGCUCUGGCUUUAUUGCCAUGAUAAAGGUGAUAUAUGGUGACAUUGAAAGUGUAUUGAAAGUUAACGGUGGUUUGAGUGCUCCUUUUCAAGCGUGUAGAGGUAUUAGGCAGGGAUGUUCUUUGUCGGGAAUGUUAUAUGCCAUUGCUAUAGAGCCACUACUAAAUAGCAUUAGAAGUCGUAUUGAAGGGGUGUACCUUUCAGAAGAUAUUCCUCCUAUUCGUCUCUCAGCCUAUGCUGAUGACGUAGUUGUUUUAGUGAAAAAUCAAGCGGAGGUGGAUAGUUUGAGUCUAAUGGUUGAUCGUUUUAGGGGAAUAUCCUCUGCAAAGGUAAAUUGGGAAAAUAAUUGUGCUUUACAGAUUGGAGAAUGGUCUGGAGGGAUCAUGGCUUUGCCAGGGGGGCUGGAAUGGUGUAAGGGAGGUUUUAAGUAUCUUGGAGUGUACCUAGGAGAUGAGGGGACAAUGGAAAAAAUUUGGAUUGGGGUGGUUGAAAUGGUGGAAGGGAGGAUGAGGAGAUGGCGUUGGUUGUUAUCUCGUAUGUCAUAUAGGGGGCGCACUAUUAUAGUUAACAAUGUGAUUGCCUCUGCACUGUGGCAUCGGUUGUCAGUUUUAGAGCCACCAUCUGGCCUUCUGGCUAAGAUAAAGGCAAUUAUUGUGGAUUUAUUUUGGGAUAAAUAUCAUUGGGUUCCACAAAGUGUUUUGUAUUUGUCAAAAGAAGAGGGGAGACAAGGUCUUGUACAUCUUGCUAGUAGGGCUGCUGCUUUCCGGUUUCAGUUUAUUCAAAGGUUGCUUUAUGGACCGGAAAAUGUGGUUUGGAGAGGGGUGGCAGGUCUUGUGCAGGUUGGGGGAUUAGGUUUAAAGAAGGCUUUAUUCUAGGGAGGGAGUACCUCCAUUUUACAGAGGCCUUCUUAGGGUGUGGAGCAUAAUGAAGGUGUCCAGACGAACUUCAGCGGAGUCAGUGCAUUGGCUGUUGGAGGAACCUCUGGUUUAUAGGGCAAGACUGGAUUGUACAACUGCAGCUGUUCCACAUUUCUCCAAGAUUCUGAUGAAGGGCAAAAUCAUCACCUUAAAACAAUUAAUGGCCAUGGCUGGGCCCGCCUUAAUGGAUGGAAGACGGAUGGCUGAACAUUUGGGGGUGAGGUCGGAAAGGAUAGUCAGACAACUGCUGGGAAGCUGCAGGAAGGCUCUGUCAGCAGAAGAGUGGGGUAUGCUGAAUAGUCACAAGAAGAAGGUACAAGAUGAAAAUGUCUCAUUUCCAAGACUAGGGAUUACACUCAAUAUCCCAGAGUCAGAAAGAAAGGCGUUAUUACUGGAUUUGAGAGGGUUGGAAGAGGUGGGUUUGGAUGAGGUGAAUGGGAAAUACUUAUAUAGGGGGUGUGUCAAGGUGUUGAAUAAAGAUACAUUGAAAAAUAGAAAAGACACUCCAUGGAAGGUAAAAUUGGGCAUUGAUGACAAGGUAAAGCCAACAUGGGAGCACUGUACAAGCCACCGUUACAAAAGGGUACUGGGGAGUCUUUGUUUAAAGCUGUAGGGGAGAUUUUCAAUAACACUGUUUUUAUUUUUGGGUUUCAAUAUAGUAAGCAACAGAAAAGAAAAUGUCAACUGUUACAUUUUAUUUUGGGACAAGCUAAGAUGUACAUUUUUCUGAGUAGGACACAUAAGAUAGAAAUGGGAUAUGGGCAGGAUGUAAGAUGUGUUUUUAAAGGAUUAGUGAAAGCGAGAAUAAAAGUGGAUUUUGAGUUCUUCUCGGCUGUAAAAGAUCUCCCAUUGUUUGAGGAGAAGUGGGCCUACGAAGGAGCAGUUUGUUUUGUGGAGGAGGGGAAACUAUUUUUAGUUGAUAAAAUGAGUUGAAUGUAUAUGUUUUUUUGUAUUUCUAUUUAAUUUAUUUUUAUUUUUAUUUUUGUUUUCAUUUUUAUUUAGGAAUGACAUUUGUUGUUUCAUUUCUGAAAAGGCAGUGUGCCAUUAUUUAUGUUAACACUUGAGUAUAAAAUAAAGGUUUUAUUAAAACUCAAAACAAACCUCUCUCUCUCUCUCUCUCUCUCUCUCUCUCUCUCUCUCUCUGUAUCUAUCUCUCUCUCUCCAGGUGUUGAUAGAUCUGUCUAACACGUCCCAGCUGGACAACACUCCUCGCUGGCUGCCUCUGAAGGAGCAGAGUGAGAGCAUCGAGCACAGCAGAACCCACCACACCGCCCAUGGGCCUGGGGGGCCAGGAGCAGGGGCAGGGCCGGGACAGGGGCCCAUAGCGGGGCAAGGACCAGGACAGGGCAUGGGGCCAGGGAUGGGCCAAGGACAGGGACAGGGGCAGGGACAGGUACUGUACUGUAUUCAUUGUCUACUAUCUAUCCUUGUCAUCAUUGAUUGUAUAUGUUCAUAUUAACUUAAUGAAUUAAGAUUAUAUAUUAUAAUGCAUAAAGCACAUUGAAUUGAAUCGUAUUGACAGAUGGGGGAGUGCCAUGAGUCCCCCAAGAACUCUGUGAUAAAGAGCAGGAGCCACGGGAUCUUCCCUGACCCAGCAAAAGGUAGGAGCCUCUUCCAGCUGCCUUGUUGCUUUUAACUAACGCUUGCCAUUGUGUGGUUUAGCCACCCUGUUGCUUUACAGUUUUUCUUAUUUUCCGUUUUGCUGAUUGCCACUCUGUUGUCAUAGUGAGAGAACAUGUAGUCAUGGUGACAGUUUUGCUAAUGGCUGUCAUAAUUAUACUUUUAGUGCCAGUCACUUAUCUGGUUCAGUGCAAUCCAUGUUGUGGUGUCAACCAUGUUUUUUGUCAUGUAGCAGACGCUCUUAUCCAGAGAGACUUACAGUUAGUGCAUUCAUCUUAUGAUAGCUACUGUAGGUGAGACAACCACAUAUCACAGUCAUAGUAAUACAAUUUAUUCUCAAUAAAGUAGCUAUCAGCAAAGUCAGUGCUAGUAAGAAAAGACAAGGGCAGGGUAUUAGUUCAAGAAAGUCAAGGCACUUUUUUUAUCUUUUUUUUUGCCACAGUACAAAUGUGUAACUACUAUAUGGCUCUUUUAGUGACUUUUUGAGUACAGACACUUUAAAGACAUUCCCUUUCUCUCCUCUAUCUCCUCUCCCUCCCUCUCCCCAUCUCUAUCUCUACCUCCCCUCUCUCCUCCCUCCUCCUACCUCUCCCAGACAUGCAGAUGGUGACUCUAGAGAAGUCCCACAGUAGUCCAGGCAGCUCUAAGUCGUCUUCAGAUGGCCAGCUUCGUUCCCACGGUCCCUCCCGCAGCCAGAGCAAGAGCAGCGUCACGCAAGCCCACCUGGAGGAUGCUGGGAUAGCUAUAGCUGCCGCCGAGGCCGCCGUGCAACAGUCCCGCCUCCUACCAAGUAAUCCCCGCUCCUUCCUGUGACCCACUUCCUCUCUGCUCUGCCACGCAUGCUUGCUCAUCAUCUCUCCGUUUAUCUCUCCUCUUGUUCUAUCACUCCUUCUUUUCUCUUAUUUUCCUCUCCCUUCUGUUCUGGCCUUCUGAUUGGUUCUUCUAAGCAAUUAGUUGGUUCCUCUAAGCAAUCAGUUCUAUUCUGUUGGGUUUUCUUGUUUGCUCUAGUGGUGGAACACCCACCGAUCUAGUCAGAGUCCAUCACUAAAACAUUGCAUGGCAGAUCUUAUAGUAGACACUGGCCUGUGGAGAAAACAUCUCAAUCUAAAAUCUAUAUUAAAAAUGAAUUUAAAACUGCUGUUCUCACACUAAACACGCAAAAUGUGUAUGGUCGUCCGUUUCUCUGACGUUACUGUGAAGCCUGCAGGGUUGGGGAAAGUAGGGCAAAGCACCGUUUGGGCUCAGAGUGAGCAGAUUUACAACAUACGCACAUCAGACACUCACAGUAGCCCAGAGUAUGAACAGUAACACACAGGACAGAGAGGGGACAGCCACAGUUCAGCAACUCCUGUCUCUACUCCCCAGUCUAAAUAGAGUGAGGAUAUACAUGUCUAUUUCCAACAUGGUUUCUACUCUUUCCCAGUGUGAUCCCCUAUCUAUCCUCCAGGUCUAGAAACCAUGCUAGAGCUUGACCCCCAGGUUGUGGCAUGCAGUCCCCCCCCCCUCUCCUGGUGUUGGUUCGGGUGUCUGGACCACUCCCCUAACUGCCCUUCCAGAUUGGAAAAGGUCAAGCCCCCGUAGGUGUGUGUGAGCAAGUGUGAGUGUGUGUGCAUGUGUGUGUGACCCCUGACCCCUAAGUGUGUCCAAUGAUACACACACCCUGAGAUGUAUAGUUUACCAGUAGCCCUUCCUCACUUCCCACCCCCGACGUGAUGAGGUUAUAAACCAGGACACACCAGGAAGUACAGACAGAGCAGCAUGGGGGACAAAAGGCAACAGGAAACUAACUCUACACUCACCGGCCAAUGAAAGUAAAGACAGGAGUCUGACCUUCAGGGGAACAGCAGUGUCUGGGGAAGGUGAGACAACAGGACGGGAGUAUAGACAUUAUAAACAGAAAUAAUAUAACCUCACUAACCAAACUGCAGGCCUUUCUCUCCUCUAGACAAACAUGGUCUCAAUAAGAAACAUAAUACAACUUAAUGAUCAUGUAAACCAUUUAGAGUUUUGAUAAAUACGUGUAAAUAGUCAAAAACGUCUCAAUAGUUGCUUUGGUAAUUAUUUAAAUGUAUAAUAAAUAUGCAUCUAUUCAAUAAAUUACCAUAACUAUUAUUUUAGCAUCACUCUUCACUGUUUCUGAAUUAUUAUAAUAUUUCUGUUACCCAUACGUACUUUGCUAUGACAUCAUGUUUAUUCCAUGGUUUAUAUGUUUCAGUAACACUUUACAUAAAUAUCUCUGUUAUAAUGCUUUAGAACUUGUUAAAAGUUAUAUGUCUUAUAAGAAGGCUUAUAUUUUUUGUCUCGCUUUGCAUAACCUUUUCAACCGUCUCAAACUGGCUGUUAUUCAGGAUCAUUAUAAGAUAUUUAUAUCCGGCCGCGAUCGGGAGACCCAUGGGGCGGCGCACAAUUGGCCCAGCGUCGUCCAGGGUAGGGGAGGGAAUGGCCGGCAGGGAUGUAGCUCAGUUGGUAGAGCAUUGCGUUUGCAACGCCAGGGUUGUGGGUUUGAUUCCCACGGGGGUAUGAAAAAUAAUGUAUGCACUCACUAACUGUAAGUCGCUCUGGAUAAGAGCGUCUGCUAAAUGACUAAAAUGUAAAUGUAAAAUUAUAAAGGGGCCAUACAUGCUCAUGACAGGUCUUACAAUGCAUUAUAACUACAUCAUAAUAGAUUGUUAUUUAAGUAAAGUGUCACCCAUGUUUGUUUUAGUCUGUUUGUCGGUAAAUGUAUAAUUAUCUGUAAGCUUAGGCAGGUUAUGUUCAUUGAACACUUUUUUUUUUUGUGGACACCAGGAGGAAAAACUGUUCGUAACAGCUAAUGGGGAUCCAAAUAAUCAAAUGAAUAAACACUGUGACCACAGAUGUAGCUGCAGCAUUUACAUACACAUUAAUCAAUGAGAAUAGUAAUAACCAUUUUUAUAUUAUAGUUUAUAGAAUAUUAUGGACACACAUUAUCAAUGUAGUGAAAUGGAUCUCACUUUCUCUCCCUCCUACACUCACACACAUGCAGUCAUUCUCUGCCCCUCCUCUCUCUCCCCCUCUCUCUCUUUCCCCCAACCCUCUGUAGGACCGGGCCACAGGUUAGGGGAUGUGUCGGGGCCGGUGGUGUCCUCAGCCCCCAGUCUGGUGGAGGGGUAUGGGGGUCUGGAUGGAGAAGAGGGGGCUGGCACAGGGGUGGACAGUGCCAUCUUCCAGGUCCCACGAAUGUGAGUAAACAGCCUGUGUGUGGGGGGCAGGGUGCGAGCAUGAUGGGUGACCUUACCUGAGACCUGAAGACUUGCGUUAAAUCCCCAAGAAAGGUUCACAGGCUUUUGGUGUUGGAUGAUGUAUCACAUACAUGUUUUGUAUCUGUGGAUCUAAUGUGUGUUCAUUUCCAACAGAGGGAAGAUCAUCCCCAACGGUCCUGACAAGUCAAGAGGACUGCCACUCUCGCUAUCAGACAGUGAGGGUAAGACUGUGUGUGUGUGUGUGUGUGUGUGUGUGUGUGUGUGUGUGUGUGUGUGUGUGUGUGUGUGUGUGUGUGUGUGUGUGUGUGUGUGCGUGCGUGCGUGCGUGCGUGCGUGCGUGCGUGCGUGCGUGCGUGCGACAUUUCCUCCCUAUCUCCCGAGUGGCGCAGUGGUCUAAGGCACUGCAUCGCAGUGCUAGCUGUGCCACUAGAGAUCCUGGUCCGAAUCCAGGCUCUGUCGUAGCCGGCCGCGACCGGGAGACCCAUGGGGCGGCGCACAAUUGGCCCAGCGUCGUCCAGGGUAGGGGAGGGAAUGGCCGGCAGGGAUGUAGCUCAGUUGGUAGAGCAUGGCGUUUGCAACGCCAGGGUUGUGGGUUCGAUUCCCACGGGGGGCCAGUAUGAAAAAUAAAAUAAUGUAUGCACUCACUAACUGUAAGUCGCUCUGGAUAAGAGCGUCUGCUAAAUGACUAAAAAUGUUUUUUAAAAUUUAAAUAAACUUUGUCUUUACAUGUAUGCCAUCUGCUGGACAGAACAGGAAAUAACUCCAACAGGCAGUUUUAAGCCUAUCUGUAAUUGCCUGGUCCCGUGCAUCGGAAGUAACUAUCUCGCUCUCUGUGUCAUAACUAUAUCUAGUAUUCAGAUAGCUCAGGUGUCAUGGUGGCUCCUCUCUUUUUCUCAGUUUCUCCAGUUUCACUCCAUAACAAUAGACUAGGGGCCAUCUUAGUGCACAACUGGGCAGCCAUUAUGGAUUUUGGGUCAAAGGUUCAUUAUCAUGACAACUGACUUCUCUAAGUUUUACUGUAAAUGAGCGCACGUUUCCCAACCUGACCUCUAACCGAGUUACAGCCAGAGUGAUGUGGCGGAGAAUGGUUUUGGGUUCAGAACUGAGUUUAGUGAAACUGGAGAGAGGAGAGUCCUCCCCUGGGCCCAUUGUGGUGCAGGCAGUAUGUCAAUAAUGUGUUGGUGUUGAAUAAUUAACAUCUGCAGAGAGAAAGGGUAUGUGUAUCUCACUGUAAUUUUGCCUCUGUCACUGUGUCUGUCUCUCUCUCGCUCUGUCCCUCGCUGCCCCCACCCCCCUUGUUCCCUCCUACCCCUUCUGUCCCUCCUCUCCCAGGGGGUGGGGGUAAGACCCAGGUGAUGGGGGAGAUCAAGGUGGCUCUGAAGAAGGAGGUGAAACAAGAGGGAGACCAGCUGGUCCUGGAGGUCCUACAGUGUAGAAACAUCACUUACAAAUUCAAGAGCCCAGACCACCUACCAGGUAACUGUGUGUGUGUAUGUCUGUCUGUCUGUCUGUCUGCCUCACUGACUGUCUGACCAUCUGACUGUGUGUCUGUCUGUAGAUCUCUAUGUGAAGCUGUACGUGGUGAACGUGGCGACUCAGAAGAGGAUCAUCAAGAAGAAGACCAGAGUGUGUCGUCACGACAGAGAACCCUCCUUCAACGAGACCUUUAGGUUCAGCCUCAACCCCACCGGACACUCCCUGCAGGUAACACACACUCUAAUAGACCUUGUGUUUAUUUUACGCUGGUGUCCUGCUUUAUUCAGACUGUUUAUUGUUCCAACUGCUCCUAUGACUGUCCUGUAAUACUAGUACUUUUCACACAUGAACGCACAAACACACACACUGGACACUACAAGUAUGUGUGUGUGUUCCCCCCUGUCCCUAGUUGUUCCUGGUGUCUAACGGGGGUAAGUUUAUGAAGAAGACCCUGAUAGGAGAGGCCUACAUCUGGCUGGACAAGGUGGACAUGAGGAAGAGGGUUGUCAGCUGGCACAAGCUGCUGGUCAGCUCCACACACAGCCAGUCAUGAGAGGUCAACUUGAGAGGACACAGAGGGGUCAACCAGAGGUCAGUGAAGGUCAAUGAAUACUCUUGGUCAAUAGCUGUUCUUAGUCAAGACGAGGAGGAGGAGGAGGAGGAGUUGAGUUACACAGUGCCCUUCAUCUCCUUUGUGUUAUUCUAUAUGGAAAGAAGAGCGAGGGGGAGGAGAAGAAGAGAUAAGAGGGAAGGAAGAGGGGUUGCGGGUACGGACAUGCCCAAAAAGAACUGAUCCUACUAUUCCCUCUCCCACUGCCAUACAUGGUCUGUACCCUGAUUCUUAAUUGGACCAAAGAUUAUCAGAGACUGUACCCUGAUUGGAUAGACUGCCAGCACACACACCGAGGAAUGAAGAAGUCCUCCGCUGUAAGAGGACAUACAUAUCUCACCACCUCUCAGCACUCUGCUCGUCAUGUCAGAUGCAAAACCUGACGUCAAUCAGGACUGGGCAGCAAUAUCACAGAGAUAGUUACCAUGAUGGAACUACUCCUUUCUGUUCUGUCUGGAUCUGAUAAUGUUGUUUAUGGCUUAUCAGAUCAUUAUGAUUAUUGUGAUUGAUCUGUGAUUCUGUCAGUCAGUCAGUCAGUCAGUCAGUCAGUCAGUCAGUGAGGUUCAAAUUGAUGUAUUUGUUUGUGUGUUUUUGUCCUUGGAUGCUUGACAAAGUAUGGAAUGUUUGUUGUAAGAUACUAUUUAUGUUGUGUACAAAAAGUACAGUGCAAUUCUAUGGUUGAUAUUGCGGUAACUAAAGCUGACCAUACCUGAACUCUCAAGUCCAGUAGGUGGCAGUAAUGCACCAUUACAGUUUGUUGCCAACUGCCAUAAAACUCCAACUAGAUGUUACCUGGGUAGAUGUAAAUGUACAUUCAGAUUUAGAUAGAUAUAUGUCAGAAUAUGAAUCAUAUCAGAGACACAGUGUACAGAGAAAUGUUAUUUAUGACCAUAGAUACAGAUAUUACAGAUGAUAUGAGGUGUCUCCUCAUGUACAGUUUAUUCUAAAGACUACAUUCUGUACAGACAAGGGUAUGGAAGGAGCACAGACAAUCCAAUCCCUUUAGCUCUGGUGUUAUGCAGUUAUACUGGGUGUUAUGCAGUGGAAAAAUAGGAAAAUGCAGUUCAAAUGGUAAAUGUAGAACUCAUAGCACAACUGAGACAUUAGAGAGGAGAACUACUACAUGGAUAUCCCUCCUCUUACAGGUGGUAAGAAAAGAACAGAUAGAAAGAGGAUGUCAGGUCCCUUCCCUGCAAACUCAUUGCAGUCUGAUAUAUUGUGUUGUGAGAGAGUUUGUAACCAACAGCCACCGUUGUAUCGUAUAGAGACUUAGGCAGUCUCCCCUUUUUCUUUCUUUGAUUGCAAUUGUUAACAAUAGCCAAAUCAGAUAUAAAGUAACAUUCAGUUGGCCAAUCAUAUGGUUCACUGCAGCUCAGCGGUCAGUGGGGGGUGGUCAGUGGGUUGGUGUGGUCAGGAGGGUGGUGUGGUCAGGAGGUGUCCAUGCACUAGGCAUUUGAAGGCCAGAAGACCAGUGUCUGUGAUGUCACCAAUAUCUUGCUCUGGAAGGCUAUUCCAUAUAUGGACAGCAGUGUGUAGGAAUAUUCCGUCCCCUCCCCCUAUUAUGUCCUGAAUGUUACUCACUGAGGACGAUCACAUGAUUUUACUGGACCCAUCGGACUGUUUAUGUUUUUGUGAUGUCUUACGCACAUGUGACUGGAGGCUUAAACAAUAGUUUUGGUUUGAGAGCGAAACCUAGAUUGCUGGCUACCUUGCCCAACCUGCAAUCCGACAGAGGGAUGUGUAGCCUCUCUCUGGUGAGGUCCUCUGCUCCCCUGUUUGGGCUGCUGGGCUGCUCACCUAUUCUAUGUUAAAGCAACAGGUAGACACACCGGUCCUCUACGUAUGUGUGACAUCACAGUCUGGUUCUGUAAAAAAAGAUUAGCGUAAAAAAACAAAAAUUGUAUUUUGAAAAACGAUGUGUUUGUUUAACAGAACACCCAACAUCAUGCUGUAAACAGUACACUGUAAAUUGUACACUGUGCAGUCAGUGUCAGUGGAUGUAAACAACACAGUGAACCAGCCUGUGUCACUGCCUCUGAUCAAAGCUCUAAGUCAUUACCUAUGGCCCAGUCAUAACAUGGCCAGGACAUACUGAUACACACUGAUAUACAGUCCAGGUCUAUGGGCUCAGUACCAUAUGGAGCUACUGUUGUUAGUAUAUUGUUAUUGUCAGUGAUCUGUGUAGUGGAUCAUAGUGAACAACAUCAUCAGGUGACCCUACAGAGCUAGUACCCACAACCCUACUGUCAGUGUCUGAAGGCAUAUCACUGAGCAACUAGGGAGGACAAAUGCAAUUUCCUAAUAAAUUAAGUCCAUAUCAGAGGCUCGAAAUUCAGACACUGAGUCUAGAUGUCACAAAUGUUCAUAAGACAAAGAAACAUGCUUUUAAAGAGGGUUAGCUUUACAGAAAAUGAUGUUGUCGUGCCAACCUUGUUUUGUAAGCAAACCCAUUGGUUGUGUUGAAGUAAUUCUAUGCAACAUAGACCUUGUGUUUGAAUGCAUUUUCUUAACAUGUAAUAUCAGUGAACAUUGUGUCUGAAAAUAUGUAUCUUAUGAAUAGAAUUUUAAUUUAUUUUGGUUUAUAUAUUAUUGAAUAAAAAAAUUUAAAAAAAUAUAGAGAGAUUUUUUUACUACUUAACAGAUGUUAUCAUGUACAUGAAGCUUGUGCACUUUAGUAUUACAUCGUUGAUUGAUUUCCUUGUCCUGUGUAAUGUGUCAUGACAUGCAAGUUUAAGUGUCUGUUCCAGUUAGUGUCUCUAUGUUGAGAUGAUAUUGAGUCAUGUUAUCUGUGCUGUAUGAAGAAGUUCAGACACCACUCUUUGAUUUCCAUGGCAAAAUAAAAACUCAAAAAACAAAAUCUACAAUCACAGACAAUUUAAGCUACAAAUUGCUUCACAAUGCACAAAUCUGAGGAGACAUCAAUCUGUAUGUUUGAUUCAACCACCAACACAUGUAUGUAUAAAUCAAUGAUGAUGAGUCUGAGGAAAAAUAAUAACAGGUUAUUUUCAAUGCCCAACUCCAGGACUGUCCAACAACCCUUCAUGAUCUCCUUAGAUUUCCCUCAGCUAGAUAGUUAAUAUCCAUUGUUCCUCAGUCCGUUGCUAGUAACCGUGAAACCAAUCAAAUGUGUAUCUGUGGGGUGUGAAUGUGGCAUACUCAUCUGAUCUGUGUAAAUACAAAGUGUUUUUAUUUUCUACAGAGAUUGAUGAAUCAUAUUGUCUGAGGUUCGAGCAUGUGAGUGUCAAAAAAAUGCUAAAAACUCAAAUCUGUCUGUCUGUCUGUCUGUCUGUAGUGGUGUGUGUGAGGUACUUAUGUGAUCAGACUGUGUUGUCAACCCAUGGGUGUCUGACUGUACAACCAUGUCACUGACGUCACUGAGCCAACCUGGAUGUUGCAUGUUUUGUUGGUGGUCUGUCAAUAUUUUUGCUUCCAGAUUAUGUUUAAAAAGAGAGAGAGAAUAUGUAUAGAUUUAUCAGAAAUUGUAUGCCGACUGUAUAAAGAUUAUGCUUGUAAAAUGGUCUUGUUUUUCAUUCAGUGUAAAAAUGGAGAAUCUAGCGUUCUGGUUUUGUGUUUGUACACAGGAUGUGUUGAGAUAUUAUUAUGCAAUUUGUGCUGUAAAAAACGGCUGUUUACCUAAAGUCUAAAUAAUAAAUAUAAAAAGAGAUUUAUUCCACAACCUGAAAGUAGUUUUGGUUUAUUAUUUGAGCGUGUUGUGUAAUCUGCAAAUAUUAUUUGUCAUUCUGCUCUCUUAUCUAUACUCCAGUCAAUUGUUUUCAAUAAGACUUGUUUGAGCACUACUAUUAUUCCUGUAUAUUCGCUUCAUGUCCAGCAGGGGGAAACAUCCUCUCAGUAAUGGCUCCUAAUGAACUACAGUAGUGUUUCCCAACCCUGGUCCUUGAGUACCCCCAACAGUACACUGUUUCAUUGUAGCCCUUGACAAACACACCUCAUUCAACUCAUUGAGGGCUUAAUGAUUAGUUGACAAGUUGAAUCAGGUAUGCUUGUCCAGGGUUACAAUAACAAUGUGUACUGUUGGUGGUACUCGAGGACCAGGGUUGGGAAACACUGGACUACAGGACUGAACAGAAACGUUGUACACGCAGGCGUGCACGGACACACACACAUGCACACAGCUUGCACGCACGCACACACACACACACGCACGCACGCACGCACGCACGCACGCACGCACGCACGCACGCACGCACGCACGCACGCACGCACGCACGCACGCACACACACACACACACACACACACACACACACACACACACACACACACACACACACACACACACACACACACACACACACACACACACACACACAGAACAAAGACUUAUGUGCUGUGCUGAGAGAAUGUGUAUAGCAUGCAUUAGUCUAGUACCUCUGCAUCCCCAGUCUAGAGACUUCAUCUCUGUCUAUUAUCUGUCAAGGCCUCCAGCCUCCUGCCUUUCAGCACUAUCAUGUCCUUCCUUUCUCUCUCUACUUCUCUCCCCUCUCUCUCCUCCCUCUGUCUCUCCUCCCUCUGUCUUUCCUCCCUCUGUCUCUCCUCCUCUGUCUCUCCUCUCCGUCUCUACUCUGUUCUCUCUCUCCUCCUCUAUUGUUCUCCUCCUCUGCUCUUCUCCUAUGUCUCUCCCUCUCUCUUUCUCUCUCUCGUCAUCUCUCUCUCUCUUCUCCUCUCUCGUCUCCUCUCUGUCCCUCCUCUUGUCCUCUCUGUCUCUCCUACUCUUUUUCUCUCUCUCUCGCUCCAUCGCUCCUCCCUCUCCGGUCGCUCCUCCCUCUCUCCUCCCUAUCUUCAUCACCUCUCCUCUCUCCUCUCUCUUCCUCUUCUUGUGGUCGUCCUCUCUCCUAUCUCUUCUCUCGCUCUAUCUCUCUCUCUCCCUCUUCUCUCCCUCUAUCUCUCUCCUAUCUCUCUCCUCUGUCCUCUCUCUCUCUCCUCUCUCUGUCUCUCCUCACUCUCUCUCUCCUCUCUAUGUCUCUCCUCUCUAUGUCUAGGCAGAUCUCACUGUAGAAUACAUCUCCAUGGUACAUCUGCUCCCUUGCGUACACCUUUGUGGAUGGAGAGAGAGACAGUUUAUGUAUAAGAGAGAAUGUGUGUGUGUGUGUGUGUGUGUGUGUGUGUGUGUGUGUGAGAGAGAGAGAGAGAGAGCGAGAGAAUGGGAGAUGAGAGAGGGUGAGAGGACUAGAGAGAUGGUGUGCGGUUGCUAAGCAACGAUUGAUAACCAAAUCCCCAAGCAUCCCAGAUGUGUUGCCCUGCCCUGCCUCUGGGUCGGACUGUCUUACUGGCUCAUCUGUUGUCCAAUCAGACAUGGCCUCUGAGAGCCUAAUCAGGGGAACUAGAACACAUAACACAGCCUGGCUGUCACCUGAUAUACUGUAUAAUAGAUACAGUAGAUUGGUUACAUUGUUUUCUACGCCCAUUUUAUUUUAAAAUGUACUACCAAUAUUUUAGACAACCCAUAGGCAAAACAUAUAGAGUAGGUGAUUGUGUGAUUGCAUGUUUACUGUAACCCCUGCUGUACAUAAUGCUUGUCUUGUUGGCAUACGAACAAAAGGCUAUGUAGGCCUAGCUUUUGGCACAACAUCCUUGGCCCGGUAGCCAUUAUGUCACACAUAGCACUUGUAAAACCCUUUAGAUGGAUCACAUUGUGAAGAAUUUGAUACUCUAAAUCACUAUCUCAUAACAGUAUGUUCAAUGGUGCGAUCAAUAAGCUAUCAGUCACCGCUGUCUUCUGACAAGUCUGCUAGGGGUUACUCACACUGUCUCUCUGUCUGUCUGGGGGAUGAUGAUGAUUGGUAAAGACUCCCAGAGAAAUGGUUUAACAUCAAACUGAGUAAAAUAUGGUGUGUGUGUGUGUGUGUGUGCUUGUGUGAGAGAGAGAUGUCAACCCAAUAGAGCAUCCCUGAUAGGCUAUGUAUCUGUGACUAACAUCACCUCAGACAGACAGACAGAGAGAGAGAUAAAUAAAUAACCAAUCAGGUACCUGUUAGAGCGCUGAUGCCAGUUGAUCAGAUUAUCGGUGGCGGGGCUGGGUUAUCUCCGAGUGUGUGACACUCACUGCUGGUUUGGCGUGGCCCAUUCUACACACUCAAACACGCAGCUGGAGAGGGGCGUAGUGUAUGAAUGUGCGUGCGGGUGUUUGGACGGGGAGUUGGCGCCUGGCAAUGGACACCUACAGACCACACUCCGUGUUUAUUUUACUGUUGUUAUCGUCGGAUAUUUGUCUGCCGUCGCAGUUUCCAACACAACUCAUGUAAGUACUAAUCUAAUCCCAGCCUAUAGCUUCUCAAAUCCCAACUCUUGGUUGUGUGACUCUGUAAAUGCAACUGAUUAAUUAUGUGUGUGUGUGUGUAUGUGAGUCUUUCCUAACAAUGAACAACUAAAACAAUGGUAUCUGAGGAAAUACUGUGAUUAGAAGCGGGUUAGACCAGUCUUGCGGUUUAGCACCUUGUCAUCUCCCCCGGUAUAUUUGUUAACUUGUUGUUACAUCGCUGCGCUAUUAUGUCUGGAUUGUCUGGAUAUGCAAUAGAGGCGGUAGGAUGGGCACCGGUCCCGUUUCUCUCCUUAUUUCAACCGUCUGCUUUUCCUACACCUAGCCAUGACAUAUUCAAUGUAUUUAUAGCCUGUGUGUGUGUCAGUGCGGCUGUUAAUGAGACAUGUGUUACUUUCACUAGUAGAUUCCUGUGUGAUGUUUGCCUUCGUUUGUUUAGGUUAUGUGAUUAAUGACAAUAACGCGCGCAGUGUCGCGGGCAGAUUGUCGCUGUUGCCUGGCCAAGGGAUAAUGUCCUGUCAACUUGUUGAAACAACCUGGACUCAGGGGUUGACUAAUCUGUCUUCCUCCAUUUAGUAUGAUAUGUUACGUUUCCCAUGGUAUGUAUUCAUUUGUGGAUGCCCAUCAUCCAUUUCGUAUGACAUGUUAUGAAUUACAAUUCGUAUGAUAUAUUAGGAAUUGCAAUUUGUAAAAUAUGUAACGGAUUUGCAAUAGUCCUUCAGUUUGCCAAAAGGCACCUAAAGACUCUCAGACCAUGAGAAACAAGGUUCUCUGGUCUGAUGAAACCAAGAUUGAACUCUUUGGCCUUAAUGCCAAGCGUCACAUCUGGAGGAAACCUGGCACCAUCCUUACAGUGAAGCAUGGUGGUGGCAGAAUCAUGCUGUGGGGAUGUUUUUCAGCAGCAGGGACUGGGAGACUAGUCAGGAUCGAGGAAAAGAUGAACGGAGCAAAGUACAGAGAGAUCCUUGAUGAAAACCUGUUCCAGAGCGCUCAGGACCUCAGACUGGGGCGAACGACCCUAAGAACAAAGCCAAGACAACGCAGGAGUGGCUUUGGGACAAGUCUUUGAAUGUCCUUGAGUGGCCCAGCCAGAGCCCGGACUUGAACCUGAUCGAACAUCUCUGGAGAGACCUGAAAAUAGCUGUGCAGCAACGCUCCCCAUCCAACCUGACAGAGCUUGAGAGGAUCUGCAGAGAAGAAUGGGAGAAACUCCCCAAAUACAGGUGUGCCAAGCUUGUAGCGUCAUACCCAAGAAGACUCGAUGCUGAAAUCGCUGCCACAGGUGCUUCAACAAAGUAUUGAGUAAAGGGUCUGAAAACGUAUGUAAAUGAUAUUUCUUAUUUUGUAUAAAUUAGCAAAAAUGUCUAAAAACCUGUUUUUGCUUUGUCAUUAUGGGGUAUUGUGUGUAGAUCAAUGAGGGAAAAAAAAUAUUUAAUCAAUUUUAGAAUAAGGCUGUAACCUAACAAAAUGUGGAAAAGGUCAAGGGGUCUGAAUACUAGCUAGGCUAGGGGUUAGGUUAAAGGGUUAAGGUUAGGGUUAGGGGAAGGGUUAGCUAACAUGCUAAGUAGUUGCAAAUUGAACACGCAACCUUUGGGUUGCUAGACGUUCAUGUUAUACACCUACCCAUCCACCCUGACCAACUACGAUCCUUUCGUUUUUGCCUUAAGUAACCUUCUGUCCAUACACUGUAACAGCCAGGUCAGCCUUGAUACAAGUCACUAUCCGUCGUCCAUCCAUGUCUGAGGAUGUCGGGACAUGACAUAGAAACCGGCCACUAGGGGCAACAUUGAGCACAUUUGCCUCUGAUUCCAAAGGUUGCAAGUUUGAAUACAGCCAUAGAGAGUUGUUUUGAUCUUUUUAUUUUAAGCUUAUCCCAAACCUUAACUCUUACCUUAACCAUUCAGAGUUAAUGGCUAACCUUAAGAAUUUGGAGUUAAUGCCUGAACUUAACCUUAAAUACUAAUUCUGACUUGAGACUGAGAGCCGAUAGCACUGUAAACCCCAAGGCAUUUUUAACUAAAAUACUUUUAGUAAAUUGAACUCAAAGUCAAUGAAAAGUCAUUAUUACUUAAAAUGUUUAUGUGGUACUGACUCAAAACUAAAUGACAAGUCAGAAGUACAUUUCUCAGGUUUUCCAGAAAUCCCAGUUGGAAGAUUAAUGGAAAUCCUUCAACCAAGAUUAUUUUUAUUUUUUUUGGAAUUUUGUAAAAGUUACUGCAAUUUUGCUAUGCUUCAAAAUAAGGCCUUAUGAUUUAUGUAAUUAUUGUCAUAAAUAGUUUAAUUAUAAUGAUACCAUCUGCCUAGGAACUCACUUGGUGAAGGCCACAGGACUGAAAAUGAAUGAGAUUACAACCAUGUCUCUUUCACUAACAAAUACAGUCAUGGGUGGUAACUCUACAAUUCACUAGAAAAGGUAAGGCACACUGGGAAAUUAUAUUGGAGGCAUAGCUUAGUGGGGGCGUUACUCAAAAGGUUCAAGCAGAUACAACUCAAAUCUGGACCCCCUACAGCAGUGGUCACCAACCGCGACUGGUCGAUCUCCAAGGCAUUCCUAGUCGAUCGCCUAACGAUACAGCCUUACGUUCGUAUUUUGUUUUAUUCGUUUUGUGCUGUUGGCGGUAGGUGCACUUGAUUCAGCAGCCCUAGCGCCGGGAAGGAAAGUGUUCCCAUUUUGAACCAUUUCAUGUGUCUGAAGGUAGAACUCUGCCUACACGGCAGGCCCAGAGAGCAAAUCAAGUGCACCUAUAGGCCUACCGCUAGCCAAUCCGAAAGCUCAGAUCACUGUGUCUGCACAGUUUUCUUGAACCAUAGACUAUAAAAAGAAGCCUGGAAUGCACAGCAAAGUUGAUACUGUGAGAUUACAAAAUGUUUAAAACUAUGACUAGAGAGAGACUUAACAAAUACAGAAAAUAACUGCUGUUUUUAUGAGUAAGUUUAAGUUGUUUAAGUUGUUAUUCAACACUAGUGUCAACACUUUUUGUUCAAUACUUUUAUAAGCCAUAAAAUAUGUGUUAUCCCUACUUCCACUCACACUACAACCAGCACUGUAGCUGCAAUGAAUGACUAUAGCAAAGUGUUCCCAUAAUUUUGCCUUAUUAUUAGCGGCUUGUUUCUUUUUUAAUAUCAAGGAAUAUUCAACUUUCUCUGUUCAUAGGAGUAACAACAUGAAUUGGUGCAUGAGGCAGAAAUAAUGCAGUGUAACUUGAGUUUUCGCCAUCAGCUUGAAGACUGUGUCCCCUUUUCUCAGCGGAUGGAGGGAGAGCAGAAGGAUGGUGAGUUGGGUAAGAGGCAGCCUCACCGCUGCUCCCUCCCCUCAGACUGACCAUCAGAUGCAGUUCAUCAGUCCAGUAAAAAAAAUGUACGCGCUGAUUGUUAUGCUCACUCAGCUGUGCCUCACAAGUUAUAGAGCAAAUUAUCUAUUUGAUAAUAUACCUACAUUUAAAAAAUAUAAUUUCAAAAUGGUCUGAGAAGAACAACAUUGACAGGGCAAUUCAAACAUAGCCAAUAUGCAGUGAUAAUGUAGGCCUGUAGCCUACUGUCACGAUCGUCUUGAGAAGAAGCGGGCCAAGGCGCAGCGUGAUAUGCGUACAUAAUAUUUAUUGAAUGUAUAACACAACGAACAAAACAACAAACGAUACGAAACGUGAAGUCCUACGGUUACACAAACCAAACGGAACAAGAUACCACACCAAAACAAUGCCAAACGGCUACCUAAGUAUGGCUCCCAAUCAGAGACAACGAGCUACAGCCGUCUCUGAUUGGGAACCACCCUGGCCAACAUAGAAAUACCAAACUAGAACAUAAAACAAUGAAAACUCACACCCUGGCUCAACAUACAAGAGUCCCCAGAGCCAGGGUGUGACACCUACUUCAAAAACCUCAUUACUACUGAACUAUUUUUAAUUGGUUAAUGUUGCAUAGGCUUAUGUUUUAUAAGUCAUGUUUAAAAAAAAUCUAAGCGGUAGAUGUUGGCUUGCAUUUUGACUCAGAAAGUGAUCUUGACUCAGAAAAGGUUGGUGACCACUGCCCUACAGGGUCACAGUGACUCUAUCAGUUUGAGUAAUGACUACAAAAUCACGUUUUGAGUAAUGACAGCACAUUGGUGUUUACACUGUACCAAACGUAACAUAUCAUACUCAUUUGAGUGUCCUGGAUUUACAUUGACUAUGUUACGUCUAGUGUACGAGACCAGACUGGUAGAAAAGAGGAGUUAGAGCUUAAUUAAAGCUGCAAUAUGUAACCUUUUGGAUGACCUGACCAAAUUCACAAAGAAAUGUGUUAUAGAUUUGUCAUUCUCAUUGAAAGCAAGUCUAAGAAGCGGUAGAUCUGUUCUAUGUGCGACAUUUCUGUGCUUCCCAUUCUUAAGAUUUGUUUUUGCAUCUUUUACUUUCGGUUUUGUACACCAGCUUCAAACAGCUGAAAAUAAAAUAUUUUUGGCUAUGACAAAUGUAUUUCACAGCGUUUAGAUGGGACAAUGAUUCUCUUCACUAUACUUGCUUGUUUUGUCACAUAAACUGAAAUUCGACUAACUAUUAGAAUUUUAGCAACCAGGAAAUGGAGAAGUGAUUUCUGCAUAGUGCAUCUAUCACGUUUCAGGAGAAUACCCAGAUGCAGACAGUGUCGAAGUAACAAACGUUUAUUACAAAAACAGGAGGCAGGCAAACGACAGGUCAAGGGCAGGCAGAGGUCAGUAAUCCAGAUCAGAGUCCAAAAGGUACAGAACGGCAGGCAAUCUCAGGGUCAGGGCAGGCAGAGGUCAAUAAUCCAGGGUGGUGUGACAAAAUACAGAACGGCAGGCAGGCUCAGGGUCAGGGCAGGCAGAAUGGUCAAAAUCAGGAAAACUAGAAAACAUGAACUUGAAAAAGACAGGAACAAGGGGAAAACUGCUGGUAGGCUUGACGAAACAAAAUGAACUGGCAACAGACAAACAGAGAACACAGGUAUAAAUACACUGGGGAUAAUGGGGAAGAUGGGCGACACCUGGAGGGGGGUGGAGACAAUCACAAAGACAGGUGAAACAGAUCAGGGUGUGACAGCAUCUUUAAGACUUACUGUAGAAUAUAUGAGAUAAUGAUAUCAUACUGAUAUCAUACUGUUAUUCUGUGACUCCCAAUCCCACAAGUUAAAACAGUGAAACACAGAAUAUGUAUUUUCAUGGAUUUAUUAGAGAGAUCAUACAGUAUAUGGUUUAUUACUAUGCAAUACCAGAUUAUAGGACCUGGUCUAACACAAUAAGUGUUGCUUUGGGAAAAUGGGAAGAAUAGAUUAAUGCUCUCCCAGUGUUAAAGAGCUGAUAAUUGAAGGUAACAGCAGACAUUAUGUUUGUGUAAUCAGUUAGCUUCACUCCACCCAGCAAUUACUCUGGGGAUGUAGGAUGCGACACAGGGAGAGGUAUCUAGCGGUUACAGGCAGGUAGCCUAGCGGUUAAGCGAGUUGGGCCAGUAAUCGAAAGGUUGGUGUUCGUAUCCCAGAGCCGACUAGGUAAAAAAUCUGUAUGUGCCCUUGAGCAAGGCACUUAACGCUAAUUGCUCCAGGGUCGCCAUCAAUAAUGGCUGAUCCCUGGCUCUGACCCCACUCUCCAAGGGUGUCUCAGGGGUAGUGGGAUAUGCAACAAAAAAAAAAACUUUCCAAUUCACAUGUGUAUAAUACACACCUUUACAUGUGUGAAAUAGGACACAUGUAAGCACCCACCUUAUUAUUAUUAUCCGUGGCAGGUUGGGUAAAUGCCAGUCCCAAACAUUAAACUGCAAUCUUUUUUUAAUCUUUGUCUUUCGUUCUGGUGAUUAAAUUGGUAUAGUUGUAUACAGAGGUUGGGAUUUGUACAUAGUCUUCUCUUCUGUCUUACAGAACUGGUUGCUUUUACAUGGUCAUUUGUAAGCAGGAAUCUAACGAAUCCCAUAAUCCCCACUGUAUUGAAGCCCUUUCUGUUCUAUAAAAGCAUCGUCACACAGGUGUGUGUGUGUGUGUGUGUGUGUGUGUGCGUGCUUGUGCGUGCGUGUUUGUGUGUGAGUGUGUGUGUGUGUGUGUGUGUGUGUGUGUGUGUGUGUGUGUGUGUGUGUGCGAGUUGAUGCCUGUGUUGUCAGACUGU